GCGCAGUAUGACUCGCCUGUCAUGCACGCAUCAUGAAUAAAAGUAGAAAUGGCGUCUGGUGCCAACUACAGUCCGCUCCGUGAGGAGCCGUACGAAGACUCAGUGGACCGGCUUGAUUUCGCCCCUCUUAACCAAGAUGAUGAGCCCAACCCAGACACUGGAAACCCCAGGAUUCAGGCUGUUGGCUGGCGAGGCUUCAGGGGAGGCAGAGGCUGCAGUAAGGUGUCAGCGGUCGUGCUUGUGGGCAUGGUUAUUGUCGCCAUAUUGUUGAUCGCCGUGAUCGCGAGCUUGGCUCGUCCCCGGUGUGUGCCGCCGCCGACCGAGCCGACGAGCCCGCCCACCGCCGCCUCAUCGCCCGCUGCCGUCACCACCUCGCCCAAUGCCGUCACCACCUCGUCACCACCAGUGGCUGCGCCGACUGCCACCAAUGGAGAACCGUUUCCGUGGAAUGAUAUCAGGCUGCCCAAAUCAGUGAAACCAAUCCACUACGAUCUCACUUUAACCACCCACUUGAACAACCAGACCGGUUUUAAAGCUGCAGGAAAAGUUAGAAUUGACUUCCAAGCUAUCGCGGCAACUGACCAAAUAAUCAUGCAUUGCAAGAACAUGACGGUGACCAAACCUACACAGGUGACGUCCAUCGGGGAUGGAAAAGCCUGCGGCGUCACCAAAAUGCUCUUUUACGAGACGAACGAGCAGCUGUACUUAGGCCUGGACAAGGAACUGACCAGUGGCAGUAACUACACCGUCACUCUCCAGUUUUCUUACGAACUGUCCGACACACUGGACGGCUACUACCUGAGCUCAUACAAGGAGAACAAUGUGGAGAGAUACAUAGCAUCAACUCAAUUCGAGCCGACAGCUGCCCGCCGAGCCUUCCCCUGCUUUGACGAGCCUGCCCUCAAAGCUACGUUCUCCAUGAAAAUGCUCCGCGCCGAGCGGCUGAUAUCGUUAUUCAACACGGCCCUCGUCCGGACCACAUCGCUCAGCAACGGCAUGGAAAAGGAUGAGUUCAACACGACAGUGCCCAUGAGCACGUACCUCGUGGCAUUUGUCGUGUGUGACUAUGUGAAGAUCUCCAACACCACUACUACAGGCACAGACAUCGCUGUCUACACGUCUAGAGGCAAGAUUGACCAAGCCCAUCUGGCGCUGGAUGUUUUGCAGAAGACAAUUCCCUUCUACGAGACUUUCUUUGACAUCGCAUACCCUCUGUCCAAACAAGACAUGAUUGCCAUUCCGGAUUUCUCGGCUGGUGCCAUGGAGAAUUGGGGCUUGAUCACCUAUCGGGAGUCCUCAAUCCUCUACCAAGAAGGCGUCACGUCCUCUAGUAGGAAGCAGUGGAUCGUGGAGACGGUGACCCACGAGCUGGCGCAUCAGUGGUUUGGUAACCUAGUGACCAUGGAAUGGUGGAAUGACCUGUGGUUAAACGAAGGCUUUGCAACAUACGUCCAGUACAUCGGGACAAACCACUACCAACCAGACUGGCACAUGAUGGAUCAGUUUACAGUGCUGACAGUCCAGGCUGCAUUGGAGGCCGACAGUCAGGGCAACUCCCACCCAAUCUCCGUGCCCGUUGGCGAUCCCAGCGAGAUCAAUGCAAUCUUUGACAGCAUCUCUUACGACAAGGGCUCUUCCAUAAUCCGAAUGCUGAAUGACUCUCUCCCAGACCAGGUUUUCGUGAAAGGGCUUCGGUCCUACCUGACCAAGUUUAAGUUUAGCAAUGCAAAGACCAAGGACUUGUGGGAUGCCGUGUCAGAGGCAUACACAACCUCAGAUCUGAACAUAGCGGACAUGAUGGACACCUGGACAUUACAAAUGGGCUAUCCAGUGGUCACCCUGUCGCGCAAAGGGACCAAGGUCACUGCCACUCAAAAGCACUUCUUGCACUCUCCCAAGGCCAAGCCUUCAAAAGAAUUUGUCUCUCCUUUCAACUACACUUGGACCAUCCCGCUGACCUACAUAACCAGUAAUGAUGUCUUCAAGACUAAGAGUGUUACCAUGGAUAGGAAUGAGGCCGAGGUUCCGUUUGAUUUAGGCGGUAACGUCCUCUGGUUCAAAGCAAACAGCAACCAGUCUGGCUUCUACAGGGUGAACUACGACUCGGGCAACUGGCAUGCACUGAUCAAUCAACUGAAGGGGAACCACGCUCAACUCAGUGUAGCAGACCGGGCCAACCUGAUAGAUGAUGCUUUCAGCCUGGCAUGGGCUGGUCAGUUAAAAGAGACAACGGCCUUGGAACUGUCGAAGUAUCUAUUCAAGGAAACAGAGUAUAGCCCCCUCUAUGCAGCUCUCAACAACCUCAACAAGAUGGGCAAAGUCCUGCGGAACACUGAAGGUUACGACGCCUUUGUGGAGUACGUGCUGAGUUUGCUGACCCCGCAGCUGGAGCGUUUCGGCAGAAAUGGGUGGCACACUGAGGAGCCACACUUACAAGGAUUUCUCAAGAGUGUGGUUAUCUACGAUGCUGCAGCUUUAGGACACCCUGAAACUGUCCAGAAUGCCACAAAACUCUUCCGGGAGUGGCGGGAUAACGAUUCCGAAGUACCAGCCAAUCUGAGGAGUGCUGUGUACUGUGCUGGGGUCAAGUACGGAAGCAGAGAUGACUGGGAGUUCUGCUGGAAUAAAUACCAGGCUACGAGUGUGGCCAGCGAGGAGAGAGUUUUGCUCGCUGCCUUGGGAUGCACCUACGAUCCUCACCUCAUCAACAGAUAUCUUCACUGGUCAAUGAAUGAGGAUAAGAUUAAAAGCCAAGAUACUGGGACUGUGAUCUCUAGCAUUGCUGGCCAUUCAGCUGGGGCAUAUCCUGCCCUCUCAUUCGUUAUUGAGAACUGGGACACUAUAAUUGAGAGGUUUGAAGGCAGUCCUUUUGAAAUAUCGUACAUCAUUCAUGCAGUGACUUCAAGUGUUUCAAGGAAGCUUGAGUACGAAGAGGCUUCCAAGUUCUUCUUGGAUCACUUGGAUUCCAACAGUGGAAAGCGAGCAGUACAGCAGGCAAUGGAGAACAUGCAGGCCAACGUUGACUGGCUGUCGGCUCACAGGGUGGAGGUGACGGAGUGGUUCAAAGCCAACACUAGGCCAGCCUCUGCAGGGAAUACCAGAUAGCCGAGGCUUGACCGUGAGCUCUUGUAUUCACAUUGCAACAGAAGACAGGGUACCAUACCAUGCCAAUCAAUUAUUCACCUGUUGUUUCCAAUGAGCUUGGAUCAUUUUUGAUCAUAUGUAGGUACUAGGUCAAACUAAACAGAUUGACUGUUGAUGAGUUUGAUUGUCAGCAACUUUAUCCUUCAAGUCCGUAUUUUAUCGCAGUUGAACCUUGAAAAAGUUUCGAUGACACUUUGUUCUGUAAAGAAAGUGCUGAUCAUUGUACCAAAUUCACUCUCAGUCAGCAAAUGCUACUAAUGUCAAAUCCAUGGUGAUUUCAGUGAGGUGACAUUCAAAUGACACAAACAGUUAAAAAAAAAUCACAAUGUGAACAGUUCAUGUUAAUUCUUUCUCUUUGUCUUUUAUGAUACCUCACUGAAACUUUGAGAACAAUGGGGGGCAUUAACAAUUUUCCUUUUUCCAGGAAAAAAGUCCGGGUUAAGUUUUCACCUCUUUAAACUGAGCCAGUUUGAUAUUCUAACAGAGCAUGCCCAAAAGGUCUGUCCUAUCAGCCCCACCCUACGUGGACUUGCACACCUGCUUUGUUUCCUGAUGACCUUGCUUUUUUGAAAUAUCGGUUCGAGGGUUUGAUGCUGUGGAAGGAUGUCUCUUUUUGUGUGAGCUGUGGAUGGUAUUGUGUUGUGCUCGCCUGCUUAUCAGUGCCCAGGAAGGACGCAUGUGAUCACACCUCCACACCAAUACACACCUAAAUACAUAGCUCCCCAGAAAUAAUUGCAAAUAAUCGCAAGCCAGAGUUCCUCUGUUCCGAGCGUCUGCGCUCUUCACAAAUCACAUACAUAGUUUGUGUUAAACCACAUGCCUAGAGAAAUCCAGAUACACCGUUUUUUUGCACUUCCGUGAUUUUUUAUCAAAUCAGAAGGGCUGCAUUGCGUGCAGGCUCAUGUUUAUGCAUGAGAAUAGUGCAGAAAUGGAUGUGAUAAGUUGAAUGGCUGCUGAGUGUAGCAUUCUGCUGAAGUAGUCCUAAGUACACUGACGACGAUGUACCGUUUUUGCUGUCAUUUUCGGGAGAGCACUGAGAGUAUGUUUCUGUAUUAUGCAAGGGGUUCAGAGCAUUUUGAAUAAACAACUCUCAGUUUUGUAACUGUUACAAUCUGAAAUUUAAUUUUGACAGAAUAACCCCAAACCAGACUGAAGUGGAUAAUGUUGAUGUUUGACAAGUUUUCUCUGCUGUUAAGUUUCAUACUUUAUUUUGUUAAGUCAUCCAAAGUAAGUACGGGCAAUGAAAAGUAUGGUAUUUGCAUUGUUUGUGUGUAUUGAUGUCAUUUUCCAGAUUAUGGCUUAUCGUUCAUCAGCCUGGUUUUUGAAUGGUGGGUCGGUCACAAUCAUGUACUAUUUCACUAGCUACCUGUAGAUAUCAGUAUUACUAAAAUGUAUAAAUAACUGUAUGUCCGAUUUUUGCUCAGACUUGAACUGGGUGGUGGAGAUUUUUUAACAAAAUUACACUCUGUGGGCCAGGUUGUGGGAUACGCUGUAUUAUGUGUCUUCACGUCAUUUAUACAACUGGAAUGCGGUUCCUACAACUACUGAGCAUGAGAUGCACAAGUAGUCGAACCUCGUUAACAAGAGCACUGUUACUACAAGAUUCUGCUUAUAACAAGAACAUUUUGAGGUCCCAAUCCUUUCAUUUUUUAUUGCUUGAAUUUCUGAUAAUACAAGGUUCCUGUUAUGACAAGGUCAUUUGUCAAGUCUGAAGGACCUUUUGUUAACGAGGUUCGACUGUACUUAGAGAAUAAAACUAUAUAGAGACCAUGCAUGUAAGUACAAAAAGUAGCAAUGUCGUAAAUGAGAUCUGAGGGUGUGCUGGCUUAGAGCAAAGCUUUUGAAAUGUAGAAGGGAUAGGCCUAUUCACAAGUGGCCACAUAAAAAGGUUGUUAGAUUGUAUAUAUAUAUUAUGUGUACAACUACAGUGUGGUAUUGGAUAGUAACUUUUUCACAGGGUUUGUGAAAAUGAAGAGAUGUAGAUAUUCUUGGGAGAAUCCAUUGGAAGGAAUUUCCAGAUUCAAUAGGGGAAUACACAGAUAUACUAUUGAUCGACUUUAUUUUGGAACCUUUAGAUUGAGGCUUGCUUUUCCCAUCCUGGUGCUUAUUCCACUCUUGCCGGUUUUUUUUUUCAAGAGUGUGCAUUCAUAGUGUUAUUGCCAUAAUAUCACAGCGGUGUUAAGAUACAUGUUACAUGUAUUUUGAAAAAAUUUUAAAUGGAGGCAUUUAUUACCAACCUUUACCGUAUGAAUAAUUUCGAGUUAUUGCACAUUAAUUCAUAAAUGCAAAAGUCUUUUAUUAUGAUGAAAUUGCUGAUUUGGAAUAAUGACCGAUUACUGGCAUAGAAAUGAUGUCUUCGAAAUGUUCACGGAUUAAUCAGUACUUGCAAUUCGCUGGAUAAUACAGAAAUACUGGCCAAAUUUCUCAGCUAUCGAGAGUUCGUUUUGGAUGUUAGUGGUAACAAACAGUGGAAAAAACUGAUGUACAAUGUCUGUUAUGCUGUCGUGCAGUGCAUGGUGAUAUCUCGAAUAUACCGUUGAAGUAACAUAUUUAGCAUAUAGGCUGUAAAUCAAACCGUCCUAGUAAGUUUGACCUGUUCACCUAUUUGAAACAGUGGCAUCAGACCAAACAAAGCUUGUACUUGCAUCAUUGUGUUCCAAAUUACAUAACAUAGGUUACUGUUCACUGGACGUUUAAAAGAUUUCUGACCUGUCCACAAAAAUCCAACUCGUAUUAUAAUAAAAAGUAUCAUGCUCAAAUUAGGUUUGGAAACUUUUAACUGUAGAAAUCUUAUUUUCUUUACUGUACUUAUUUCAUAUGGUAAAACAAAAUAAAUGUAUAUCUUUAUAUGGAUUUCGUGUAUUAACUUGUAAUGUUGGAGGCACAUUGAAUUAUGUUGUGUGGUUACUCUAACUAUGGCUCACUCCGUCAUACGAAACCUUUUUAUGUACUGAAGUGUUUUUACCUUGAUACUUUCUUUUCGGUUGAAGUAAAUCUAUCGCUCUGUUGUUUGUGCAAACUGGUGCAAAGUUUAAGCAAACCUGUGUAUAUACUUGAGUAGAAUUAUUCUAUGGUGUCAAUUGUAUUUUGCUACAUUGGUUUUGUUGGUCAGCUUUUGUGUUACAUGAUUUUUUAACCAAGUUAAUUCCACGUAUAGAUUGUAUUGUAUUCAGGUUCAAAACCGGUUUGUUUGUUGUUGUUUUUUCAGAAAAAUGUACUUAUGCCGAGGAAAUUUAAACCUUGGGAAUACAACUUUCAAAAAGAAGAAAGAAAACUGGACAAAACAGAGGUCUCGUGUAUAUGAAAGAUGCCACACACAUGAUUGGUGGAAAGCACUACGUGGCGACUGGUGGUUGACUUGCAGUUGUGUCCGAGUUUAACAGAGACCCAGAAGGUGCUUGCGGCUGCUGGUGUCGGCAAUAAUCUGUCAGAGAGGGUCACAGUAUACCUUUGGAGGCCAGCACUGUGACCGUUAAUUGACAGCAAUAGUAGCAGUCAACGGACAGUUACUGUGCCAGUGAAAUUGUGACAAUGUAUGUUUAGAAGUAAUCCUUGUGUCAUCAGCCACAGUAGUCCUUUACAGUGCGCGUUAAGUGGCUGUUGGCCUUAUGAGCAGUUAGAGUUUCGGAGGCUAGAACCUUGCCAGCGGGAUGUUCUUUGUAACUUAAAGUUUGCCAUCUGUCAAAGACCUCUACUUAGAUUUAUUUUAAUAACUGUUGAUUACUUGUUUCUUUUUUGAAGUUGCAAUCAAGUUUUUAUGUUACAGUGUUCAGCUUCGUAUUUUAUUUCAUUUUAAAAUGUUUUGUAAUACUUGUAAGAUUGAGAUGUAGGCCUACAUUUGCAAGUUUAUAUUUUUGUUAAGCUUCUUUUAGUCACAGUUUGCUUCACGUUUUGGUAUUGCAGUCAGACCUGUAUCGUAGUUUAAAAUUUAUUCGUGAAAUGCCAACUAAUAAACUUUGUCAGCGGAAUCAAGGAA